UACUCGUAGUGGAUAACACUCUCUCUCUCUGCUGAAUCCCAAACAAGUUUACUCACCAUCACACACUGUCCACCAAGAAAAGAAAAAUGUUGGGUUCAGUUUCAGAAGAGAUGGAAGUGCAGGUUUCAGCCAAGGAAGUAUGGGAACUGUACGGAACCCAUCGGCUGAUUAAAUUCGUUGAAGAAGAGCUCACCGAUGUCAUUCACAAACUUGAGAUUGUACAAGGUGAUGGAGGUGCUGGCACUAUUCUCAAAAUUACAUUUCCACCAGGGAAGUCGACAUUUUCUUCUUACAAGGAGAAGCUUAUCAAAAUCGAUAACGAAAAGCGAGUGAAAGAAGCGGAGGUGAUUGAAGGAGGUUAUCUUGAUUUAGGAUUCACCCUCUACAAGGUUCGUUUUGAAGUGAUGGAGAAAAGUGAGAAUUGUUGCAUUAGUAAGUUCACAAUUGAGUAUGAAAUCAAGGAAGAGGCUGCUGCUAAUGCUUCGAUGGUUAGUAUCAAGCCACUGGUGAACAUUAUGGGAAUCGCAGCUAAUUAUCUCAUCAAAAACAAAAAGUAAUUUGUGAUACGCAUCCCACCUUCAAGCUUGUCAACCGUUUAUCAAUGUUUUCAAAUAAAUUUCAAUGUAGUUUGUUUGCCUUUUUCUGAUAAAUUUAACUUCUUCUUUGUUCCAAAAAUAUCAUAGCUUGUUUGUUGUUGAGAAAGGAUGUAAGCUGAUCUUGUUCAAAUUUCAA